AGGUUGUGCCUAAUCUGCUGAAAGUCGAAGUAGAAGAAGAUGAACGCGGGGCAGUUACUUCGGUUUCAUGCUAACUCCACCUUUACAUCAUUGAUGUUGCUAAAUCAGCAGAUCAAAAUUCAUGUAUGGGGUAGUUUUUGGUAGAUUCAUCAUUUUAACCUAUCAUCUUUAAGACCCGGACGUUAAUACGGUGUUUCUUUCUCGGCAACUUAACAUUUCUACAAUGAAAACAUGAAUGUUAAAGAGGUUAGCAUAGCUUAUUGUCAGGAAAUAGACUGAGGCGACAGUCGGUUGCUCAUGGAGAGAACCUUCAUGUUAUGUCCGUUCUUCGUCGAUCUGGACAUCCAGAGAAAUCUUGAACAGACCUGGUCAUUUUUACUGUUCUAGAAGAAAAACAAUUAACGUUAUCUCCACCUCUGUUAUAUUCAAUAAAGUGAUGUAUCGCUAACGUAAUAUUAGCAUGCUAGCAGGAAAUAGACAGAGGUCAGAGUAGCGACCAACGGUUUUUAUAGGAGUGUUAUUUAGAAAAUCUGAUCAUCUUAUUCUUUAAAAAUGUCCAAAGUCCAAGAACUGAGAGUUUUUGUGAACCAGAGACUGAGUGCAGCUGCUGAAGAGAUCUUUGAGCUGUUUGAAAGAACGAUAUUAGAGUACGAGGAGAAACUCUGUGGAGCUAAAGAGAAACAACACAAACUCCUGAACGCUGUUUACAACCCUGAAGUCCGCUUACACAGAGCAGGUUGGUACUAUCUCCUUUUUGUGCUCUUUUUGAACAGUUAACAGAAAAUACCUGAAGGUUUUUAUAAGGGAAAAUGAGUGGGGUCAUGUCCACCCCUCCCACAGCAACCUACACGGUAUCCCUCACCCUGUUUCUUCUGGUAAAGAUAGAAAAAGAUAAAUAGAUAGAUAGAAGAUAGAAAAAAGCUGAUAGUGAGUGUUGAUUGAAAACAAAUUUUAUUAGUUAAUCCUUGAUUUGGUUAAAUUAAAGUGUAAGCAUCAUCUUUGUCAACCUAGGAUGACACUAAUGUUUCUGGAUAGGUUUCCAUCUUCCUGCUGUGUUUUUACUACGGCCAGACCGAUAUGGAAUGUUUGGGGCCGGGGCUGAUGCCGAUACCGAUUAUUAGGAAGGAAAAAAAUCUGAUUACCGAUUAAUCGGCCGAUUAUUAAAAUUUUAAAAAAAGUUAUAAAACGCAGACAGGAAGUAUAUAUAUAUAUAUAUAUAUAUAUAUAUAUAUAUAUAUAUAUAUAUAUAUAUAUGUAUGUAUGUAUAUAGUAGAAAUCAACAGUAUACUGCUCUUUACGCCGACAAGAAGACAGACUGAUUUACGGUUCGGUCUCAUCUGGAGACAUGCAGCUGCCUCAGUAAGAGAAGUAGCUCGCCAUCUACAGGAAAAGUCGGGGAACUUUUCAAAUGGUGGAACAUUUUCAAAGUGAAUUCUCUGCAUUUCAUUUCUGAAAAUAUUGGCAAAAACCGGCAAGUUUUGGCUGAUUACCGAUUAGUCUCAAACGGGCUAAAAUUGGCCAAUUUCACCGUCUCGCCGAUAGAUCGGUCGGCCCCAGUUGUAAGAGUGUUGUGUGGUGGUGGUAGGAGAGGCCACGUUUACGUCAGUCUGGCCCAGGUCAGCUGUGACCAGGGUGUGACUGAGUGAGUGAAUGAUGUAUCCAAUGUAAAGCGCUUUUAGGGUCUCUGAUAGAGCACAAUGUGAAAUCUGAUGCAUUAUUAUUAUUAUCAUGUACAAGAAGGCUGUGCUUUAAGUGGUAAGCACAGGAAAUACUGAAGCUUUUCUGCUCUUCAUUGUUCUCUGUAGACUACCAGCACCUGUUAUUGAGAAAGAGAGAAGUUCCCCCUGAGCAGCAGCAUCAGCAGCAGCAGCAGCAGCAGGAGGAGGACCCCGGUGUUGACCAGGAGGACCCACCAGAACCAUCACACAUUAAACAGGAACAAGAGGAACUGUGGAACGGCCAAGAGGGAGAGCAGCACCAACGACCGGAGGAGGCUAAUAUCAACACGAUUGUAUUCAGUCCUGUCCCUGUGAAGAGUGAAGAGGAUGAUGAUGAUGUGAAGCCUCAGUCUUCUCAGCUUUAUGAAAGUCAAACUGAAGAGAACAGAGACACAGAGCAGGUUAAAACUGAUGCUGAGAACCGUCCAGGACCAGAAACGGACAUGAACUUUUAUCAAGACAGUGGUUUUCAACCUGCACCUCUUAUGGAGACAUCACAGUUCACUCAGUGUGAACCAUAUUACAUGAACUGGUACUAUGAUCACACCAGUGAACAUCAGUCAGGUUUCAAUUCAGUACAAAACAGAGAAUUUCCUUUAGUUGAUACGAAAUACAAAACUCCACCGGCCAGCUCUUCUGAAUUUGCUCCAAGCUUUUGUGAAAAGGAACAACUGCAGAAUCACAACAGAAUUCCAGUUGAAGAAAAACCAUUUGUUUGUUCAGUUUGUGGUCAAAGAUACCGAUAUAAACACACACUAAACAUUCAUAUGAGACUUCAUUCAGAAGGCAAGCACAUCAAAUGUCCUGUUUGUAAAAAAUCAUUCCUGUGGCAAGCAGAAAUUGAGCGGCACAUGAGGACUCACACAGGAGAGAAACCAUUCAGCUGCCAGUUUUGCGGUAUGAGGUUCGCAGUGAGCUCCAACUUGAAUUCACAUUUGCAGGUUCACACAGGAGAGAAACCUUUCAGCUGCUCAGUCUGUAAAGCAAGUUUUCGCCGCAGGGAAGGACUGGAGAGACACAUGAAGACUCAUACAGGGGAGAAACCAUACAGCUGUACGAUCUGUGGCAAACGUUUCAUACAACAUGUCACUCUGAAACGCCACGUGUUGGUCCACACAGGGGAGAAACCAUACAGCUGCAACAUUUGUGAUAAAAAGUUCUCUCGGUCUGAAUAUGUAAAAACCCACAAGUGUGUUGGUGAGAGCAGCGGGAGUCAGUUGAGCUGAAGUGACGCCUUUGAAACCAGGUUUUUUUUAAUGUCCCAGGUCUGAGACUCUGGUAACAGUUUAACUCUAAACUAUUUUAUCUAGUGAUGAAACUUAAAUCUGUUGAAACACCAGUCUUUAUAUGGGCAACCAUGUUUUUGGUGUAACAGUAAUUUGUUGAUUUAUUCUGCAUUUGAAGGGCUGACUACAAUUCAGCCAAAAACUACUUUGAAAUGUGUUUUUAAAUAAAAUAACUUGACCUGCUGUCCAAUUUAGUAUUUUUCUUUGUACUUGCAAUAAUAAAAUUCUGAACAAACUUUAUUCACUCAAAUAUCAAGUAAAAAAUAAUUGAGCUUGUAUUUGUACAGUUACUGGGGACAGUAAAAAUGUUUAGAGAGAUGACUCACUCAACCAUUUGUCUUAGUCAGAGGACUCAUGAAAAAAUUAAUUAGCUGCACAUCUUCAAGUGACUUUCAACACAUAUUUUUCAGAUCUUGUCGUUUUAGUUUGUGGAAGCAAAGGGAGGAGAUUUUCUGUUAAUUGACUAAUAAAUAAAUCACCCCAGUUCUUAUUUGACUGAACCUCAGUCAGUUUAAUUUAGAGAAGACAUAAAAUACAUGCAUCACAUGUCAGAAGCCUGCUGUCUUCUCUGCACCUAAAUCUUCAUAUCAAAGUAAAAUGACCUUUUAAAUGUGAAAUGUAUGUUACCGUCUCUAAAUGUAAUAAAUGUGUGAAUUUUAUCCCACAACACUCAGAUGGAGAGAUGACUCUUGGGUUGUCUUACAUUGUAGUAUUUAGUUUUUACACUGAUCACAAUCGGAUUUCCCUUAACUGAAACAACCUCCGCUCUCGAG